AUGGCGACUAGACUCGCCGUCUUCCUCAAGAAUGCCUGGGCCAAGGAGCCGGUGCUAGUCGUGUCCUUCACCAUCGCGGGUCUCGCUGUAAUUCUGCCCCCAUUAAGCCCCUACACCAAGUACUCCAGCAUGAUCAACAAGGCCACCCCCUACGCCUACCCAGUGCCCCUCCGAGAUGACGGCAACCUGCCCGACGUGCCCAGCCACCCUCAGGACCCCCAGGGCCCCAGCCUGGAGUGGCUGAAGAAGCUGUGA